UCACUAACAGAAAAGGAUAAAAAGCCGACAAGUGUUCGGCAGCUGAUCCGAGUCAAUAUGUUCGCCCUCAUCCUAGCAUCAGUGCUCAUCGCUAGCGCCUUUGGGUGUGGAAAACCACCCAUUGAGCCUCUCAGCUCUCGCGUGGUCAAUGGAGAGGAAGCCAGACCUCACAGCUGGCCCUGGCAGAUCUCUCUGCAAUAUCAGAGCGGUAGCUCAUGGUACCACACUUGUGGAGGUUCUAUCAUUGCUGAGAACUGGGUGAUGACUGCUGCUCACUGUAUCAGUUCUGGGCGCAACUACAGAGUGCAUGUUGGUAAGCAUGACCUGUCAGUAUCUGAGGACGGCUCAACGACCAUCAGUGCACAGAAGAUCAUUGUGCACGAGAAGUGGAACUCCUUGUUUGUGGCUCUUGGAAACGACAUUGCCCUGAUCAAGUUGUCCGAGCCUGUGACACUGAGUGACACUGUUCAGCUGGGCUGUGUUCCUCCUGCUGGCUCCAUCCUUGACAACAACUACCCCUGCUAUAUUUCAGGCUGGGGAAGACUCUCCACUGGAGGUCCUCUCCCUGAGAAACUGCAGCAAGCACUGAUGCCCGCUGUGGAUCACGCCACCUGCUCCAGGUCUGACUGGUGGGGUUCCAGUGUCAAAAACACCAUGGUCUGUGCUGGUGGAGACGGUGUUGUUGCUGGCUGCAAUGGUGACUCUGGCGGUCCUCUGAACUGUAAGAACUCCGCCGGUGUCUGGGAGGUGCACGGUAUUGCCAGCUUUGUUUCUGGUUUGGGCUGUAACACUGUGAAGAAGCCUACUGUUUUCACCCGUGUGUCCGCUUUCAACGACUGGAUCGACAAGGUCAUGAUGAACAAUUAAGACGAACCGAGGAUGCCAAGCUUUUUUAAUAGCAGAAAACCAACUCUCCAAGAAAAAAAGUAAAUAAAUACAUACUGGCUCAACUA